AUGGCGAACAAACAGGCUCAUGAGAUCAUUGUCGUCUAUUUCAAGGAUGGCAUCGAUUAUAAGGAGCAGCUUGAGACUAUGAAGCAGAUCGGAAUCAACUCCUCUAAAACGGAAGGAUUUGUUUCUCGAGAGAUCUUUUAUGCUGAGCCCGAUAAUCGUUGGGUUGACUAUUUCAUUUGGCGCGAUAUGGCAGCAGCAGACGAGUCAAUCGAAAACUCCAAAAAGAUACCCGGCGCUGCCGAACUGUUCGCCAAGAUUGAUCAAGAAAAGAGCGUCUGGUCGCGUUAUUACAAGGUGUCCGACAAAUAA